AUUCACGAAGAAGUACAAUAGUUAAAGGCGAUUUUGUUAUAUGAGAAAAUGAGUCAUUCCUCAAAACGACGGCAUACAGAGAAAACAAACGCCCUCGUUAUCAUAGAUCAAACUGAAUUAGAUAAACCCUUACGUGCUAGAAUCAACAGGGACAUUCUCAAGAAAAAAGGGAAAAAAAACGUAUAACGGAUAAAAAUUUUGAUUUUCCAGCUGAUGAUGUUUCUCUUGAAUCCGUUAAAGAGGAAUAUCCACUAGUGGAUAAAACAGAAGAAGAAGAAGCGGAAGAGCUUAUUGCUGAAGGUAGCGCAUUGACAGGUGAUGCAUUGAAAAAAUUCUUAAAAACAAAUUUUGAUGAUUUCCUUGGCAAAAGCUUGCUUCAUUUCGAUACUAUAUAAUUUAUUUUUGUCUUGAUAAAGAACGUUUAGUAUUCUAAGAAAUUUAACGUACUUUUCCACUCUAUAUGUUGCGAUCUCCUUCAUGAAUAGUAUUAUGUUCGUGUGAGAAGUUUAUGCACAUAUUUCGUUUUAAAACUACAGACACUUUCUAUAGUGAAUAGAUACGUUGCCUCUCUUAGUCUACCAUGAUGGGUGUUAUAAAAUAUCUAUUGAUUAAAAUAGAAAAUACAUAGUGUUGGUGUUACCAUUAAUCUGAAUUCUAUCUUUAUUAUUCAGCACUGCGAUACACAUUAACACUAGUGUAGAUUUUUAUUUGUGAAUGAAGCACAUGGCUUGUAGUCUGCUUUUAGUGACUACUUUAUGUUUUUCCCAUUGAAUGAGGAUAAUAUAUCGCUUUAAAGCUUUUCCGAAUAAAUUAUUCAUCCAUUAUUAUUUACUUUCUGAAAGAACAUUUCCUUCAUUUAUGUAUGAAUUAUUUCUUUCAGACGCUUGGACUCGUGUUUCGGUCUGUUUAUUCUGAUUAUUUUCUGCAAACUUCCUCCCUAUUAUUUUUUUGCUUGAAAAUCGUAGUUUCGAUACGGUAAUCUGAGAAAGUGAGUGAACCUAUCUUUUUCUUAGCUUUCCAUGAAAGCAUAACUCGUAUAUAUAUAAAGGAAAAGAAUUUUGAAUGGCUUUAUCGGUGGUAAAUAAUGAUGCAAAUCUGCAUACUGCAGUUGGAAAAUCUAGAUGGACUCUUCAUGGACAUGACGAGGAGGUGAUUAGUGGGUGUACGCUUGGAGGUUUAGUAGCCACCUGCAGCGUUGACGGUGUGGCCCUUCUCUGGAAAUUGAACGACAACCGCGACGAUCCAUGUAAUGUGUGCAAACUGAGUAGCGGUGGUCCGGCUUUUCUCGACUCGAUCUUUACUGAUGUCACACAACUGGCAGUCGCUCAGGGUGAUGCGUGCGUGGGGUUCUGGGAUGCCCAGAUCGGGAAAAAGGUUUCCAGUUUUUCCCGUUACAAAUCACCCGGGAGGGCAGCCUGGCCAGUGAUAAACGUCGUGGAGGGAACUGUGGAUGCAUCCCCUAUGGUGGUUUAUGGCGGGGAUGAUGGGUAUUUGGUCCGUUGUGACACUCGGGCCGCAUCGAUCGUUUCCUCGUUGAACCUUAGGGCUCCUGUGACAGCCAUUUCUACGGCUGCCGGUAUGACCUUUGUGGGGGAUGCCUCUGGGCAUGUGAGGUGGUUUGACUUUAGAGUUCACGAGAAAAGCAUGGUGGACCUUAAAUGUAGCCACGAUGUGGUCACAGGAAUGUCCUCAAAUGAAAGUGGUCACCGGCUUGUGGUGUACACUAUGGAUGGAAAGGCGUCUCUGAUUGACACAAAACCAUUUGCGUUGUCAAAUAGCGAACGUCUUUUGAACGGGAUUAAGGUUUUUAAUUGUAGUGAUGAUCGUAUUUUGCGGAAAUGUGACUGGUCAGGUCCGUGUGAGUCGGUGGUGUUCCCUUCACCUGAUGGCUGUGUCGAGUGUGUUAACCCCAAUACUUUUUCUGAGGGUGGCUUUCGAACUAUUAGAUCUAAUGGGGCCCUCAACUUCGCACUUUUUGUACAGAAUAAAUAUAUUUUGUGUGGUGGAGAGUCGAGUGUGGAACUGUGCGAGUGGUAGAGCAUUCCUUGAAUGUUUUAUUUUCCGUAUUCAUAAGUCAAUUUUUCCAUUCGACAAGAAGAAGAUAAAUACUCGAUUAAUUAAGUUAGAAUAUGCUAUCUAUCAGAAAAA